AAAGCCUCAUCAGGAGAGUCCUCCCGUGGGCUUUUUUCUGUAGCUGUGCUGCAAAGGCUGCUAAAGGAGACACCUACCUUUAAAAAAGUAUUCUUUUAGAGAAGAUCUUACUCCCUUGGAGAAAUUCUGAAAAACUUCCUUUCCACUUUCUCUGCUUGUUUAUGCUCAGCUGUACUGGUACUUUUUAGCACAGGUUUUGGCCUGUUCUGGAUUGCCAAAAACACUAAAUGACUUGUAUGUUUUUCCCAGCAGAAUACUCACAAGAACCAAUCCCAACAUUGUGGAAUGAUUCCCCAGAGCUGCAGUCAGGUGGAGGAGCUUUAGAAACCACCCCUCCUGCCCGCUUCUCAGAUUCUACAGGAUUCCCAUCAUACACAUCUGAUUAUGAAUUAGAGGACACAACCCAUCUCCACCAGCUGGAUAAUGACAAUGAGUCUCUGGGUCCUGGGGCUAUCGGUGCCAUAGUGAUUGCUGCUCUGCUGGGAACGUCUGUGAUUGUGGCCUUGAUUGUUAUCACUCUACGAAAAUGUUCUGCUUCCUAAAAUUAAUAAAAAAAUGCUUUCCUCCCCAAGCAUACUCUUGUCGAACCUUCCUCUUUACUCCAUGCUUGCCUAUUUUGGGAGAGAAUAGGAAGAACAAAGGUACACCUGCAUUUCAGAGGUCAACCUGUCCUCAAGCUACCUUGGACCAUGGUCCUGGUGCUGCUUUCCUUUCAGACAAAAGACCUUGAAAAUGCGGAGUUUAAUAAUUGCAGUUGGAUGUUGGGUGGGAGGUACAUCUAGACUGAUUUGAGAAGCUGCUACAAGCAUCAAGUUCCUGACAAGAAGACGCUUUGCACCACCAAAUAUGAAGCCCAUACAUUACUGAAAGGCCACAUUACGUUCAUGCAUG